UCUGGAUUCAAAGCAGUGUGACCGCAGAGCUUUAUGAGUUUAGGUCUCAGCCUGUCGCACUUUCGUGACACGCCUGAUCACUCAUUCUCCUGUGUGUGACACCCCCAGUCUUCAGUAAGGCCCUCCUCCUUGCCCCCUCUUGCCAGCAAACCCAAAGACUCCUUGCAUGGGGCUCAGGAUGAAGGCGAAGCUCGUGGCCCUGAUCGGGGCCAUCCUGGGGGUUGUUGGGGUGCUCUGCUUUCUGGUGGCAUUCACCACGGAUUACUGGCUGCUGGCAAGCGAUGACUGCAGGCCGCGGGCUUCGGCCACUGGCGGCUUGGCGGCGCGGGGGAAUUACUCAGAGACGCUGCCAGUGACUGCCGGCCCCACCCCACCUCCCUUCGUCGUACAUCACGAGGGUUUCUUCCGCUGGUGCAGGUUUGAGGGAGAUGGCUCCACCCACAUCCUCUGGGCAGUCCUGUUCACCAGGCAGCCGGCCCCCAAAGUCUGUGUCACCGGCUACCUCUUUCCUCUGCCUGUCACCGUGGGACCGGUUCCUCACCCAAAUUAUGACACCACAGCAGUGUUCCGUGGGUUCUGGACUGUGCUCAUGGUCCUGGCCGUCUCCAUGAGCCUUUCGGGGGGGUUCCUGCUCGUGUGUGCGGUGCCCUUUACCAGUGCCCGACUCUACAGGGCAGCAGGGAUCCUGCUGCUCACCAGUGCCUGCCUCAUUUUAACCCUGGUCUGCCUCUUCGUGCUCUGGAAGGAGCUGGUAGCCGACGUGAAGAAGUACGUUUUGCAGGAACGCGGGGAGACCUGCCCCAACACUCGGCUGGAAGCUCACUACGGCUGGUCCUUCAUAGUGGCUGUGGCGGGGAUCCCGCUGAUUUUCAUCUCCGGUCUCCUUUUUUAUUUUAUUGGCUUGCACGUGCAGAGGUAUAGAUGAUCAACCAAUCAAAAGAGAGCGAGAUGCUGCAUCUCAGAUUUAGUUGGUCACAUGUUUCUGCAGGAAAGCUUUCUAUAGUCAUAUAAUGAUUAUGAUGGUGAUUAUUAUUAUUAAUAUGUUAACUGUACCUCAAAAUUCACAUUGACACCAGCGAGAUUCUGAGCAAUUAUUUUAUUUUAAACCAUUUCAAACUUUAAGGAUUUCUACAGUUAUUAUUCCAUUUCCAAAAUGUCAUAUUAUACAGACCUUUAAAAUAAUAUGUUCACUUUGUACAGAAAGGUGAACAGGCAGCACAUCGGUCUCCGCCGUGCGUAAACGCGACAGGGGCUCAUAACGUGCAUUUCGCCCGCAGUAAAAUGAAUAGAAACUCAAAGCUGUGGGUAUUCUGCCAAAAAAAACUAUCUGCGGGCAACUGUUCCACGGUUCAUAAAAGGCAAGAGAAGAUGACAUAGAAAAAUAGUAGGUUAUAUAUUUCACUCUGUACAGGACAUGACUAAGGACCCAUGGCGAAAGGGACCUGUUUUUUGGAAUUUAGCGACAAUUAGUUCUUGUAAAAAUUGAAAUAUAGCAGUUAUUUUUAUGCGAGAUGCCGGGUAAUAUUUAAGGGUUGUGUUAAUGUUGUGUUCAGUUAUUUUGCAUUUCUACAGAGAUUUAUGUUACUAGUUAUUCUUUGUGUCCCCGCUGUUAAAUCCACUUUGUUUUGUCUUUUGAAUAUUGUAUUGCACGCUGCAGUACCGUUUAUUAUUUUGUUUAAUCGCAAAAUACACUUGUGAAAUCGCAUGGCAUUCUGACGUCGAACAAAGGUCUUAUUAAUAAAAGUAUUUAAUUCCUUUUGGUGCUGA